UUAUAUUUUUUGUGCUAAGAAACUUAAAUAAGAAAACUUUUUGUGGCAGCCUGACUUUUGGUCAUAUGUAAUCGACAGUCAAAAUGGAUAACAAGCACCAACUUUCAGACGAGUAAUAUUUCUUUCAAAUCGAAUAUCCUUAACCAAAUAACUCUAUUCACGCAAGGGUAUAAAAUAAUGAAUCAUGUUGUUUAUAUAGUAUUGUGAAUGUUUAGUGUUAUGUAUUAAGUAUAUGUGUAGAUGUAAAAACGAAUAAUCUUCUAAAUCCAUAAGCGCAUAAAAGAAAAACCUUCGUAGACAACAGUCAGCUACCCCCCAUUCACCUUAUCACUUAACAGCUAGAUCCUCCGAACUCCCAGCUUUGUUGUUUGGGCCCCUGGGGCAGAUCGAGCAGCGCGUGACUGACAGCGCGCGCGGGGCGUUGUCCAAUAGGCGGUCUCCCCGACGCCCCGUGGGUGAGUCUUCAAGGCCAUUGGUUAUAGCGAGUGUGGGAAAGAAUGCAGAGAAGGUUUCACAUAAACCGGGAGCUAACUAGACAGCUAUAAAUACCUCCUGCUUGUGGCCAAAUUAUAUCAGAUAUGCUUAAAUGGCACGUGCAUGUGUGAUAUAUGAGUACAUUUAAGUGAUAUCAUCAAGUGGGACUUGGUGUUCCAUCGUCAGUGUCACCUGAUGCUAGUCUUUUUUUAAUGUUCAAGGCAUAGGCUAAAAACUGGAAAUCCCACAAAAGGAUAUAACUGUUUGCAUAUAGUUUUUUAAUUAAAACAAAGAAUAGUGAAAAUGCCUGCAGACCUGUUGGAGAAAGUUACAACGUCCCCAGUCGCCUGUGCCAGUGCCAAUGGGACAUACACACCAGACAAACUGAAAAAUGCCAGCGAGCACAGAAAGGUAAAACUACUGACCUCUACAUAUGCUCAUGGUGUAUAUAGACUGGAGUUGUUGGCGUUUAGAUGUGUAUUUAUCCUAAUUGUUUACUCGCUGUUAAUCUUUCAGACGUCCAAACCCAUCAUGGAGAAACGUCGGAGAGCGAGAAUUAACGAAAGCCUAGGACAGCUCAAGACUCUUAUUCUUGACGCCCUUAAAAAAGAUAGUUCAAGGCACUCUAAACUGGAGAAAGCUGAUAUUUUAGAGAUGACAGUGAAGCACUUGCGGAACUUACAUCGCGUUCAAAUGACUGCGCUAACAGGUGAUAUAACGAUCCUAAGUAAAUACAGGGCAGGAUUUAACGAAUGCAUGAACGAGGUGAGUCGUUUCUUGUCUACCUGCGACGGGGUAAACACGGAGGUGAAGUCCCGGCUUCUGAACCACCUGUCCAGCUGUCUAGGACAGAUGAUUGCAAUGGGUUAUCCGCAACCAGCCCCAGCUCAACAGACUCGCCACGUACAACCCUUGAAUGUGCAAUUACCGUCGACACUGCCUGUUAGUGGCGUCUCAGUGUCGUGUAAACUGAGUCCCGCUGAAGGGAUUUCACCUAAAAUCUACGGUGGCUUCCAACUCGUACCUGCAACCGACGGACAGUUCGCCUUCCUCAUUCACAAUCCAAGCUUUGCAUCAGCUGCUACCUCUGUUAUUCCCGUCUACACCAAGACCAGUAUGCCAGUAACUGUAAACUGCAGCUCGGCGUCCGUGGUUCCCUCGCCAGUCCAGGGUGUCACUUUGUUCGCCGGAGUUUCCCGGGCCAGUUCGGUCAGCCCUGGCGCCGAUUUGGAAAGCGACGGGUCCGUUUGGCGACCCUGGUAAAUGACAUAAACUAAGGAAACGUAGUUUCCCAUGAAACGUCGUCAUUUUUUUCAGAUGAAGAGGAGAGUUCCGUUUUAAGGAGCAAGAUUAUUUUUUUUCAACUGGACUAGACUUGAGUUAUCUUUUAUUUAUUUUUUAUUUGGAUGUGGAUAAUAAAUGUAAUGUUCGUUCUUUUUGAAAAUGGAAGAUGCUUAAUUGUCUAUUCUCUUUUCUUAAAGGUUUUGUACAACUUUGUCAGUUGUCAUAUGUCAUCUUGCCAAAGCUCUGUUUUGUAUUGUUUGCCAUUUCGUGUUUAAAAGCGAAUGGGUCACCGGGAAUAAAAACUGGUGAUAACUGAAAAA